UCCAUGGAGUACUGAUGCGGAAUGCCACGGUAACAGAGCAAAACAGAAGCCUCCUGGUGGAGACAUUGAGAUCCAUGUCAGAGAUCCUCAUCUGGGGAGAUCAGAAUGACAGCUCCGUCUUUGAUUUCUUCUUGGAGAAAAACAUGUUGUUGUUUUUCUUGAAGAUUUUACGACAGAAGACAGGAAGCUACAUCUGUGUUCAGCUUCUCCAGACUCUUAACAUCCUCUUUGAGAAUAUACGAAAUGAAACAUCCUUAUAUUAUCUUCUGUCCAAUAACCAUGUCAACUCAAUCAUCGUCCACAAGUUUGACUUCUCCGAUGAGGAAGUGCUAGCAUACUACAUCUCCUUCUUGAAGACUCUAUCCUUCAAGCUCAACAAACAUACCAUCCACUUCUUCUACAAUGAGCACACCAAUGAUUUUGCUCUGUACACUGAGGCCAUCAAAUUCUUCAAUCAUCCGGAGAGUAUGGUUAGGAUCGCUGUACGCACCUUGACACUCAAUGUAUACAAAGUCAAUGACAAGGCAAUGCAGAUGUAUAUACGAAACAAAACGGCCGUCCCUUACUUCUCAAACUUGGUAUGGUUCAUCGGUAACCAUGUUCUUGAACUGGAAAGCUGUGUCAGAAAUGACAUUGAUCACCAAAGCAAGAAUCGUCUAUCCACCCUGGUCGCAGAACAUCUUGACCACCUUCACUAUCUCAAUGACAUCCUCAACAUCGGUAUCGACGGCCUUAACGACGUCCUCACCAACCAUCUCCUCAACAGAUUACUUGUGCCUCUCUAUGUCUCCUCAAUGACAAAGACAAGGUCACAUAGCAAAGCUUCAAGUCCUCCAGCCAUUAGUUCUGUGGUAGCUCUAUUUCUACUCUCUCAGGUAUUCCUUAUAAUGAAGCAACAGCCUCUAGUUUGUCAGCUAGUCAAUAUAAUCUUCAAUGGUACCUACAAGACGAUAGCAGAACAACCUACUGAUACCAGCGGUAUAUCAGGGACAUUCUGUGCAUUCGUGGAGCCAUCAGAGAGCCUGGAGCACUCACUAGACAGCACUCGGGAGAAAUCAAGGAGAGAGAUGAAGGAGAGGAGGAGGAGACCCAACUAUCGCAACGUCGACUCCCCAACCGAAGAUAUCGACGAUGAUGGGGGCACGGAGGUGGACCAAGGGCGGAUGGAGCGUCCUCUUACCGUACCAACCGCUGAGGAUGAUGACGACGAUGAUGAUGAUGAGGGGAUGAUGAGAGGAGCUGUGGGUGGAGUAAGCGGUAGGAGAUGGAGGAGUAGAGAUGAGCAGGAGCUGGAGGAUGAAGGGGAGGAGGAGGAUAUGCCGGAAGCAGAGCGAGGAGGGAGGGCAUCCCCCUCACCAGACACCUCAAGCACUGGUGGAACAAGUGAGUCUGAUUCUACUAGUAACGCCAGCAGUGCAAUCCUAACAUCACCCAUAUCAGCCACCAGUCCUCUCAUAGAUUCUAAUAGCACAGAUGAAGAGAAGAGUAUGGCUGCUACUCUACAAAGAGCAGAGCUCAAUCUUGCCACAAGACCAUAUUUUGGAUGUGUCUUAAAUUCUUUGGAUUGUAAUCACGGUGAUUACAGAGCACUCUUUGCCUUGUGUCUUCUGUAUGCUAUUGGUUCUAAUGAAGGAAUCCAGGAUAAAUUGUUAGAUGGUGUGUUACUUACAAACAGGGUGGAGAAUAAAGCCUUGUACAACUCGGUGCUGGUAGAGCGAUUGAUUGCGUUGAUGAAUCAGAGCUGUCAGCUGAACAGCUGUAUCCGUCCAGUAACGCUAGAGAUGGCCUGCCUUCUUCUUAAACAACUAGUCUUCAGUAACAUCAAAGCAAAGUGCUUCCUAGAGGACAGACACCUAGCCUGUGUAGAGGGUGCUAAGGAGGAGAGUGUUCUACUUCUAAGGACCUUCUACAAGGGAGAUGAACUCUUCUUAGAUAUGUUUGAUGAUGAAUAUCAAAGUAUGAAGAAACGUCCACUUAAUGUUGAGUAUCUGAUGAUGGAUGAAUCCAUUCUGCUGCCCCCUACUGGUACACCUUUGACAGGGAUAGACUUUACCAAGAGGCUGCCCUCUGGAGAGCUAGAGAGGACAAGGAGAGCAAUUCGAGCUUUCUUCCUGCUACGUGACCUCUCGCUGACCUUGCGUAACUUGGUAGAGACUAAGCUCCCUCUGAUCAAGCCUGAUCUACUGGUCAAGACUUCAGACAAGCUAGACCUCAGUAAGUCAACUCAUUCUCUAUCGUUUCAUUGUUAACCCUGAAUUGAUUCAUUUUAGACUGGCAUUCCUUCAAUACGUAUUUUGAUUACACGUUGCUUUGUAAUGAAAAGAUGAUUUAGGGGAUGUUGAAGUUUCUUGGUCCCUUUUCAUUGACUAUGUGCUCUUGACUUCCAACAAAUUUGAAUUCAGUUGGAUGUUCUAUUAUUCAGUCUAGAUUUCCCAUUAUGGUGCUAUGGUUUCUAAUCAAAUGGUUUGCUGAUAUCUAUGGCAUGACCUGUCAUUUAUUUAAUAGUUGACAGGAAAUUUGCUUAUGAAUGGUACUAAUCACCUGCUGUAUUUGCCAGUCAUGGAUUUAAGAUGAGGAUGGUUUGUCAAAAUAACCCUAAAAGAGCCGGGUUAUUUUGACCCAUCCCACAGCCGAGGGGGGGGGGGUGGGCGGAUUCUGCCCCCCCCCCCCCCGAGAUCUCAGCCUUCGAUCGCGCGAGCGCCACACAAAUUUGCACGGUGGUAGUUUGCGAUAAAUCGUACAAGGAUGUAUGGUUAAUUUUUUGGAUAUAAGAAUCUUUUAUUUAAUGAAUUAAUAAUGCUAAGUUAUGCAUGAAAUAAAACAUUUGCUCUUAUCAACUAUCAUACGGCCCCAAAACUGCUAAUUUUUUAUUCACAGACUCUUUGUGAGAUCCCGAUCAAAUUUACUUCAAAAAGAAUUUGGUAUCGCAAAUUUUUUUAUGUAUGUUAUUGUUUUUCAAAUUUCUUGUGUAUUUCUUUGUUUUUCGACUUUUUGUUUUUUUAUUUUUUUUCAAUGGAAAUCAUUGUAGACUUAAUUCUGAUCAUAAACAAGACAAAUUUGAUUUAGUUUUACCAGUAAAAGUAGAAAUAAUGAUACAUUUAUGAAUUUUGGCUAAAUACACAAUUUGCAUGGGACAUGAAUUCACGUUUUUGAGCAGUUUUGGGUCUGACAUGCACUUACAUAAUGUUGCGUAAUUUUGUGACCGUGUACCCGGCACUGCAAAUUUGGUCUCAAAGGUUGUGCAAGAUUUGAAAGUAAAAAGUCAGUGAGUGGCGCGGUUGAAACAUAUUGCGUGGCGGAUGUAUCGCUAAAAAUGUAGAGGGGAGGCCAAUGAAUGGAUGAAGAAAUAAAAUGGAUUAAUGAAUGAAAGAAUGAAAAUUUGUCUUGUUAAGUGUAUAAUUUAAAAUGAUUUAAAGCAAACUGAAUAGAAAAAAAGUAGAAGCAGAAAGGAUAGAAUACAAUGAAAUUGAUAAAUGUGUAUGAAAGUGAAGCCAUAAAAGUUGAAUUCUUAUGAAAAUUAAACCAGUGUGUAUGAAAGUGAAGUCAUAAAAGUCUUAGUCUUAUGAAGUCUUCAUCCGCUCCUAACCUUUAAAAGCACCUG